AUGGACGCCGUCCGGCGGGUCAAGCGGAUUACCGCGCAGCGCCGGAAGGUGGGCCACGCCGGAACCCUGGACCCGCUGGCAGAAGGCGUCCUUCCCAUCCUUUUCGGACAGGCCACCCGCCUCAUGGAAUUGGUCGUCUCGGGAUGGAAGCGCUACCGCGUGACGGUCCGACUGGGCGCCGUGAGCAACACCUACGACGCCGAAGGCGACAUCGAGGACAUCUCAGAUCCUUCGUGGCUGAGCCGGCAGGACAUCGCCGCGGCCCUCCACACAUUCGUAGGCGACAUCGACCAACUGCCUCCCAUGUACAGCGCGAUCAAGGUUGACGGCCAACGCCUCUACGAUCUCGCUCGCGCCGGCCGCCAUAUUGAACGUUCGCCCCGCCGCGUGUCUGUGCGCUCGAUUUCCAUCGACGAGAUCGACCUCCCUCUGGUCACGCUCACAGUCGAGUGCGGCAAGGGCACGUAUCUCCGUUCCAUCGCUCACGACCUCGGUCAAGCUCUCGGCUGCGGAGGAUACGUGACCGAGUUGAUCCGAUUAUCUUGCGGCCGGUUCGAUUGCUCCACUGCGAUAACCCCCGACGCCCUGGAGGAGGCCGAAGCCUCUGGGGGUUGGAUCAACUACCUGCGUCCCAUUGACUGGGCACUGCAGCAACUUCCGGCCAUUCGGGUCGACUGUGAGGGCGCUCGGGCGAUGCGACAUGGCCAAACUGUCACCACCGCCAUCGAUCACAUUGAUCCCGCGAAUAUUGAUCCCGCGUCUCCGCAACCGUGGCGCGUCUACGACCCGGAGGGCGUGUUCCUCGCACUGGCACAACCGAGAACCGACGGCCUGCUCGCUCCGACCCGGGUGUUUGACCUCCCCGAACCAUCGCCGUACGCUCCGAAGGUUGCGCAGGACUAA